GUGCAGGGGUUUUUUUCAUGCUACUCGAGAAAGAGGAAAACAACAGAGCGAUUCUGUGAGAGGGGGAACGACAAGCUAAAAUUACAAAGACGGAAGAAAAGUGAGAGAUAAAGAGACGAGACAAAGGUGGAAAGUGGAAAAUUAAACCCUGUUCUGCAGUGGACAUAGGGAGGACUUAUAAUGACGACCGAAACGCAAGAGGUUACCAUUAUGGAGGACAAGCCUUUACUUACGGGUCAAACCAACAGCGUGAAGGAUGCUGAGAUCGCAGCCAGAAUAUUGUUGGAUCAGGGUCAGGAGUACAAUAUCGAGACCCCACAUGGUUUGAUGCAUGUGACGCUGUACGGCACAGGAAGUACCCGUCGUCCAGCUAUACUGACUUUUCAUGAUGUGGGAAUGGAGAGCCAGAGCUGCUUCUCUGCACUCUUUAAGUUUGAGGAGAUGCAGGAGAUUGUGAAGAACUUCACAGUGGUUUAUUUAGACGCCCCAGGACAAGAGGAGGGAGCUGCGCCCUAUCCUGCUGGGUAUCAUUAUGUCUCCAUGGAUCAGCUUGCAGAAAUGAUCCCAUCAGUCAUACAGUUCUUCAAUUUCCGUACUGUGAUCGGAGUUGGAGUUGGAGCAGGAGCCUACGUCCUUUCAAAGUUCACAAUUAAAAAUCCAGACUCUGUGGAAGGUCUUGUUCUGAUAAAUAUUGAUCCGAACGCUCGUGGCUGGAUGGACUGGGCUGCCCAAAAGCUAAUCACACUGACUUCUUCAGUUGCUGACCAGAUCCUCGGUCACCUCUUCAGUCAGGAGGAGACUUCGUCCAACACUGAGCUUGUUCAGGCAAACAGAGAGAGGAUCUCAGCAGCCUCCAACCUGACAAACAUCGACCUCUUCUGGAAGAGCUACAACAAUCGCAGGGAUCUAAACAUCGACCGCAACAACACUCUCAAAUGUCCCGUCAUGCUGGUUGUAGGGGAUCAGGCACCAUACGAAGAAGCUGUAGUGGAGUGCAACAGCAAACUGGACCCAACUACAACCUCAUUCCUGAAGAUGGCUGAUGCUGGUGGGAUGCCACAUCUCACUCAACCCAGCAAGUUUACUGAAGCAUUCAAGUACUUCAUCCAGGGAAUGGGAUACAUGGCCUCCUCCUGCAUGACACGACUGUCCCGCUCACGCACCACCUCUCUCUCUUCAUCCUACUCCCUGGAGGGCUCUCGCUCACGGUCACGCACUCUCUCCCAGGGCUCCGUAGGAGGAAAUAUGGUCUCAAGCCCCUCCAACACAAUGGAGGUGUCCUGCUGAAGAGCAAGAGAAGACAAGAGAAGCAGAGAGAGAGAGAGAGGUGGAUGGAUGGAUAGAUAAGUGGAAAGCCACUACUAUUGAGAGGGUCAUAGUAAUCAGUCAUAUCCAUUCAUCAAAGUGUAAAGCAUGAAAGGGGGGGAGAGAGAGACGGAGAGACUCCUCUUACCAAAAUAAAUCUCAUUCUCAUGCAUGAUUCGCUCCUCCAAUACUUUAUGGAAGUGAGAGAUUCUUAAGGGAAGUGCGCUGAAAUAAAGCAACAUGGGCGGAGAGGGAGACAAAAAGAAAAAAAAUCCAUCUCUCCAUCCCUCUGAUAACUUGACAUCUGUGGUGCAGGUAGGGGCCUGUAGAGAGAGACCCAAGAUGUAGUGAUAACCAAUAGUAAUACUUCUAAUAUAGAAUAAUUAUUAUUAUCUAAAAAAUAAUGACAAUGAUGUAAUUGAAAACAAUUCACUUAAUUACAUGUUGAACAAUAGAGGAAAAAAAACACAAUAGCGUAGCAAUACUCAUCACAUGUCUGUUGAAUUCUUUUGGUAUACUAUUUGGUGUGUUUGGAGUGGGUUUUUUUAAAAACGAAUUUAUUUGUAAUGGACAUGUGGCUCUCCUAUAGGGCCAUGGCAACACGUGUGGGAUAAAUACCAUGUCUUUCGGUGGCAGCCAGCUCAUGUCUUCCAUUUGACUUAUUUGAAAACAAAAAAUAAGUAGGGAAAUGGUAAAUAUGCUAAACUGGGUGUUGGAAUAAAAGAUUAAGGCAUUAGGAUGCUCCAAUCCAAAGUGCAUGGUAGAAAUGGUACAGAUAUUUUUAUUUUUGGGUGAUGGUGAUUUGUGAGUGUACAAAGAUUAUGGAGAUGCCUAAUUGUACAAAGACAAACAGACAAAACAGUGACUUGUUAAGCUUCUACCAUCUUUUUUUCCCUCUAGUUGCAUUUUAAGAAGAAAUAAAUUACACAGUCAUUUAAAUAUUUAGAACUCACUGCUCUCAGUGUCAACACUAACACUUCGAGUCCCAGAGAAAACAACAGUGGCCCUUAUUCAGCAAAGUUGCAUGAAAUAAAGCUCAGAAUUUGCUGCAUGGUUUUACAUAGGAACAAAUCUGUAUCUGAUUCAUGAAACAGUUUCAUGAACGGUGAUAUGAAUAAACAGAUAAAUCCACUUUUUUUCCAUUUUAUUUUUUUUAAAAAACAUGUUCCAUGCAUUUGACAUUUCCCAGUUUACCCUCAUAAUAUAUCACAGUUAGGGAGAAAACUGCUUUUCCAAACGUUUCUACAAUUAAUUAUGGCAAUCUGUAAAAAAAAAAAAAAGUUUUUAAUUCAUUUUAGAGCAGGUAAGAUAUAACUAAUUUCAGGUUUCUUAUUAAAAGCUGUGUGUAUAAAUAAAAGUGAGCCAAGUUUCUUCAACAAACACAAAUUAUUAGGUCAUAUAAACGAAACAGACAGAAACACAGACUACUGAGAUUAAUGUGAAAUAAAAUUAUUAUAAUUACCUCAUUUAAGUUUUUUCUUUUUCUAAUUAGCCAGGACCUGUAUCUCCAAUGAAAAAGUUCAGCUUCUGCUCCAUUACAUUUGCAAGGCCAACGCUAAGCCCCUUUACUUGUAUUUUCAUACAAGGUUUCCAUACUGUACAUACGAUUGGGAUUAUCAAUAAUAUUUACUGCAUUUAUAAUGCUCUUCUGAAAACCUUGGCUCAUAUAAUUGAUUAUCAUGUCGCUUUUCCGUAUUUAAACAUAAAGCAAAUAUUUUUCAGGUUGUAAAAAAAAAAAUUCCGCUAAUAUUCAUGCGCUAUUUUCAGAUGCGAGUUUCAUAGUAAUACGGCAAAGAUGAAAUCGAUAAAUAACGACACUACUAGCCUUGUCCAUUUUGUGUGAUCGGUGCAGCUUUUAUGAAUAAGGGCCAACAUGAACAUUGGAAAAUAAUUUGGAAUUUUUGGAAUUAACGAUCUUACAGCGUUUGAUGUACAGUUGUUAAGGUGCCAACUUUCGCAAUUUAUGUCUCAUGAAUGAAUAAUCACUCCAAAAAAUAUGAUUUUUGAUUUUGAGUGAUGAUCUGCCAGCAAAUCCACUGCCACCUGUCUGUUACUACUAAUACAGAAUCAAAUGAUGAUAAACUGAAUCAAAACCGCUAAGCUUACAAAGAUUUUGGAUACGAUUAGUAAGCAAUCUUCAGUCUUAAAAAUGACGUUGCUCAAAAAUCGCAAGCCAAUACAAAUCAAUUUUUUUUUCUGUACACAACACUUUUUUGUGUUGUACGAACCAUGAUAAUCAGCAUAACACUGCCCUAAAACACAAAAUUCUAACACAAUCCAUUGUUGAAGUGACACAGAAUCCCAUCGAAAGUGUUGCUACGUGUAUUUGAUAGUCUAGGUUUGUGUACUUAUAGUGUGCAGCCACACUAAAACUUAAGGCCUUGUUUAAUGUACUGUUUUUAGCACAUCCUCAACUUUUGCCUUGACGGAAUUCUCCUCUUAAGGGCAAUUAAAAUAUGUAAAUAAAAAAGCAACCCUGACUUUUUGGUAUUGAAUAUGUUCACAUAUUGAACACCAUUGCUAGCAAUGGCUUUCUGUGAUGUCAUCAUGGUACACAACAAAAAAAUAAAUAAAGCACUAGCCAAUAAAUUAGCCACAGGAUUGCUAAUAACACCAAAUAUUACAUUAAGAUAUUUUCUGUGUUUCAGGGUAGAGUUUGUCUUUAAUCAGAUUGUAUGAUGUCUGUUAAAUGGAGGUGGUCUAAAAAAUGGUUUUUAAUCGUUUGCUUUCAGAUUUUUUUUUUUUUAAUGUAAAAGUAAAUAAAGCACCUGUUACUCCCUCUUUGGCUUGUGCUGCAGAUGAUCAGUGAUGAUGUCCCACUUUUGAAUUGUGAGGAAAAUGUAAAAAAAAAACAAACAAAAAAAACAGUAUUGAAACACAAGGGUAGAGUUUGUGUUAAGUCCUUGCUUUUGUUGAGAAUAGUGUUGAAAGUUGGAGCAGAAGAACAUUAGUUGCUGAUAUGUAUAGAAAUGGCACAUGGUAUUGUUGAGUGAAUUGCUAAUGGAGGAAUACAGGUACAGGUGUUUGAUACAGAAUAAGUGCAUUUGCAUUGCUGGAUAAAUACUAUACCAAAACACAGUAAAGGGAAAUUUCUGAUAGUUUACUCUGUGGGGAUUAAAAAGGGAAAAAAAAAAAGCGGAAGCGUCAGUAUUUGGGCCGGAGCUGUGAGAUUGUUCUUCCACUUUAUAUUUUGUUUCAAUUUCACUUUCUUUUCCUUCCUACCAAUGAUACCAUUUUAAUGUUCAAUCCUCCCUGUUUUUUCUGUUGUAUUAGGUUACUGUCUCAAUGUUAUAAUGUCACAGGUUAGACAUCAGUGUGCUAGUUCUUGUGUAACCUUUUUUUUAGCCUUAGAAUGUAAAAACGGGGGAAUUAACAUUAUUAACAAAAAAAAAAAAAAGUAUAACAAAAUACAAUCCAAGUUUCUUGUGUGGCUAAUUCUGUGUAAUACUAUGAACAACCGAAACAAGGUAUUAAUAAAAAGGAAGUAAACCA